CGACCCCCAAGCGAAAUCAAAUUAUAAUUCAGAUACUUCCUCCCCACGCGGCACUAUAUAAAGAGUGAACCUCCACAUCUUUCGCCUGCCCUGCUUAUUCCCCUGCUCUAUUCCUUCUCAUUCCACCCUGCAUCUGCUUACAAGUUCUCGCCCCUCGAUAAAAGACGGUUCUCUUAAUUCUUGACUAUACUUAUAUACCCCGUCUUCAUCACCAUCCGUUGUGCUUUCGACCUGGAACGAGUCGAUCUCACGUUUUUCACCAAAUUGGCAGAGACAAAACAAAAUGGCCGCUCAAUUCUAUGAAAGUGAACCCAGGCUAGCCACUGGCCUCAGCCUUCUCAAUCUCUUCGGACUCAGCUCAACCACCGCCAAGGUCUGUGGUGGAUUCAUAGCUGUUUUAAUCAUCGCAUAUUUCGUCCUUCACUUCCGAUACCCAUGUCGUUCGUCCUCGUCGCUCACGCAAGUCGUGGGUCAAGCUACGGCAUUAUUUAAAGAAUGCCUGGCUACACAUGCGUUUCAUGUAGGGGAAUACGACAGAUUCAGACGAACACUUAACCAAGUAACCGCCCGUGCUUCGGAAAUCGCAUCCAGAACACACUGUCUCGACGAGACGAACGCCUCAGGAGAAAACUCCAGCCUCCAUGAUUAUUCCAACAAGAUGUCUUUCUUAUGCAAGAGAUUGAAAGACGUUGUCAAGUGUCACCGUGACGCUCGAGUACUUCUACGCAACUUGGAGGUUUGUUUAAUGCGGGCAUCUCAUUCCCAAGCACAAUUUCAACUCCUACAGAGGGCUACUGUCCCGGCGAGUCCUUGAGCAUUGUAGGUGUCGCUGAUAAAUAAAAAUAAAGUGUUCUAAUAUGACAGACUCGCAGUCUGCCUUUGGCCUCCGUUCAUUGUUGUGGGCUAUUGUCUCCAUCUGCUCCGGAUCUAACUAUAUCCCAGUUUUUUCCCCCGUGUUAUUUCUGGUCUCAUACUGCUGUGCUCAGCUCCACUUUUUUGUCUUCUAUUUUCUCUUUUAUUAAGUUAAAACCUUCCCCCGGCCUGGUCCUGAUAUUUUUCUGAUUCUCCUCCACCUUUCGAUUAGAUCCAUAUUUGAAUAUCUCUCAAGUUUGAGCUCCCUUUCGG